UUAUCGAUGAUUGUUCACUAGUGAAAAUGUCGCGCUUUGUGUUAUCUGCGUUAACCAUUGUCCUCAUUAUUGGUCCCUGUUGGGCUGAACUUAUCCGGUACGAUAACUACAACAUUUAUCAAGUGAAACCAGAAACUAGUGAACAAUUGACCCUUUUGGAGCACCUCGAAAGUACCAGUGAUAGUUUGAGAUUCCUCACACCAAUUACAACGGUUGGACGAUCAGUUAAUAUCUUAGUGGCACCUCAUAAACAACCUGAGUUCCUAGAUGUACUCAAGGAUAAUGGAGUUAUCCCCAGUCUCAUCGAGAAGGAUUUUCAAAGGACCUUAGAUGCCGAGCAAAAUAGUCUUAAGUCGAGAUCUGGGAUCUACGAUUGGAACAGCUAUCACACCUUGGAAGAAAACUACGAAUGGUUAAGGACCUUAGUGGAACAAUAUCCUGACAAAGUUGAACUUAUCGUAGCUGGAUCAACUUAUGAAGGACGUGAAAUUUUGGGAGUGAAAGUUUCGUUCAAACCGGGUAAUAAAGGAGUAUUUUUGGAAACUGGUAUUCAUGCUCGUGAAUGGAUUGGACCGGCUGCUAUAACCUUCAUCUUGAAUCAACUGUUGACAAGUGAGGACCCAACAGUACGAGCAACGGCGGAAAAGUUCGAUUGGUACAUAAUACCACAUGCCAACCCAGAUGGAUAUGUCUAUACUCACACCAAAGAUCGCCUUUGGAGAAAAACUCGUUCGAAGUCACUUCUUUGCUACGGAGCUGACGCAAACAGAAACUGGGACUUCUACUGGAAAUAUGUUGGAGCCAGUUCGUCUGGAUGCUCAGACACUUACGCUGGUAGCUCAGCUUUCUCUGAGAUUGAAACCAAAUCUCUUUCGGAAUAUAUCAAGUCAUUGGAUGGAAAGAUUCAUACCUACAUCUCAUUCCACUCAUUCUCCCAGUAUCUGAUGUUUCCCUACGGGCAUACCAAGGAGCACACAGAAAAUCAUGCCGAUCUCCAACAGAUUGGUGAUGCAGCAGCUGCAGCACUAGCUAAGAGAUAUGGAACAAAAUACACAGUUGGAAGUAUCUAUGAAGUCGUCUAUCCGGCAUCUGGAGCUAGUGUCGAUUGGGUCUAUGGAACCAGAGGAGUUAAGUUAGCUUUUGCUUAUGAAUUAAGACCAGCUUCAUCAUCGAAUGGUUUCGUCCUGCCAGCUAAUCAAAUUAUUCCAACUGGUUUGGAGACUUUGGAUUCAUUGGUUGGUUUGUUGGGAGAAGCUGAAAAAUUAAAUUAUUUUAAUUAAAUUUUAAAUAUUA